AUGGCUGGACACAAGGCACGAAGAAUAGCCAAAGAUUUGGCGGACAUCCGUGCAGACACGACCUCACAGAUCUUUGCGGAAACCGUCGGGGACAGCAUCACGAAUCUUCGAGGUUCCUUCAAAGGUCCUUCGGGAACACCAUACGAAGGUGGAACAUAUACGGUCUCUAUCAACAUCCCCAAUGAAUACCCCUUCAAACCGCCGGUGAUGAAGUUCACCACCAAGAUAUGGCACCCGAAUAUCUCCAGUCAAACUGGUGCCAUUUGCCUCGACACUCUCAGCACAGGCUGGUCACCUGUUCUGACGAUCAAAUCGGCCAUGAUCUCAUUGCAAUCCUUGCUCAGUUCACCCGAGCCAAAAGACCCGCAAGACGCCGUCGUUGCCCAACAGCUGAUCAAAAACCCCAAAGAAUUUGAGAGACAAGCAAGAGAAUGGGCAGUCAAGUAUGCGGGAGCCCCCAAAUCGUUCAUCGGGGAGAGCAGUGGUGGAGCAACGGCUCAGUCCAUUGAGGAGGCUGAGAAGGAGAGUCAGGAGAGAGAAGCGGCGGCCAACAUUGCGGUAUACGAUGGGUACAACAAGGAUUUAAUUGAUCGGUUCGUCAUGAUGGGUUUUGAUGUGGAACGGGUGGUGGAAGCAUUCAAUUACGUUGGCAUUGACCGAAACGGUGGACAAGACUACGAAUUGGAAGAAGCCUACAUGGGAGAUAUCACCGCCCGAUUGCUGGGUGAACCCUGA